AUGGUAUAUAAGAUAUACAUUUACAACACCACCUGGUCCCACCUGGUUCCACCUGGUCCCAACCCCAAGUGGAGUCAAGGUCCCACCUGGUUGCCUGAGGGUGUGUCUCGGCUUGCCAUGGGCAGCACACUUCCCUUCUGGUUCACCGCAUUGAACCGCUCUCCACCACCGUACCACCCAACAGGGCUGUCCUGGAUCUGCAAACGGCAAGAAGGGGCAGAAUUGGCGGGAAGGCAAGGCCCUCUCUCACCUGCACCCCUCUCUCACCUGCACCCCUCUCUCACCUGCACCCCUCUCUCACCUGCACCCCUCUCUCACCUGCACCCCUCUCUCACCUGCACCCCUCUCUCACCUGCACCCCUCUCUCACCUGCACCCCUCUCUCACCUGCACCCCUCUCUCACCUGCACCCCUCUCUCACCUGCACCCGUCUCUCACCUGCACCCCUCUCUCACCUGCACCCCUCUCUCACCUGCACCCCUCUCUCACCUUCAGCUCCAGGUGCAGAGGCGCUUCAAAGGGGCGCUGUGCACGCCGUGCUGCUGCUGGCUGGCGCAUGUUGGAGGCAUGCACGGGCAGGGGUGGUGGAAUGCACGGGCAGGGGUGGUGGAACGCACGGGCAGGGGUGGUGGAAUGCACGGGCAGGGGUGGUGGAACGCACGGGCAGGGGUGGUGGAAUGCACGGGCAGGGGUGGUGGAAUGCACGGGCAGGGGUGGUGGAACGCACGGGCAGGGGUGGUGGAAUGCACGGGCAGGGGUGGUGGAAUGCACGGGCAGGGGUGGUGGGCGAACGGGAGGGCAGGGGGGAAGGGAGAGGGCUAUGUUACCGCGGGCCGAGGAUGCUGCGCUCGAUGCUGUUGUGGGAGGUGCGAAGAAAGGCCGCAUCACCGACUUCAUUGGCGACGAGGCGCAAUGCAACAAGGGCGAGGCGGACAACUCCGUCUGUAUGCUCUUCGUCGGCUGUCGCAUUCCCGAACACCACGCCGACAACCCGUUGUGGAGUAACAUGGUCAGGGCCAUCAACAACGCACCUCACGGUUAUGCCGCGCCGCGCCGUACCUACGUGGGAGGAGCUGGGCUGAAACAAUGCCGGCAGGGCCUCGAGAAGGGGCUUCAGCCCAUCGCCGCGAGCUGGAAGAGUGAUGUCGUCACUGUCUCCUCCGACUUGAUGACCGAUCGCCCUUUGCAUGGACGGGGGCUCUCAAACUACCGGGCUGCCUGCAAGGAGCUGAUGGCGGAUUGGCCGCACAUCGAGUACGUGCCAUGCGCUACGCACGUGCUCGACCUCCUGAUGGAGGACGUGGGCAAAAUCACGUGGUGCAAGGACAUUGUGGAUCGGUGCGGGGACAUUAUCAUCUACAUGGUGCUGAGCGAGGAAUACGCCAACUUGUCGGCGGGGGCUAGGAAGCUGACGGCGGAUACGUUCCGCGGCCACGUCAUGGACGACGCAUGGUGGAAGAACGCUACGUACCUGGUGGAGCUCUUGGCGAUUCCAAUCAAGGUGAUGCGGGCCACGGACAGCAGCGCGAAAGGCAUGAUGGGAACCAUCUACGACGUUAUGCUGCAGCUGACCGAGGACGUGAACGACAAGCUGGAAGCGGGGGAGAAGAUUCUGUCGCGGGCGGUUGCGGAUGACAUUGGGAAGACUGUUAGGCGCCGUUGGGAUGAGAGCCUUGCUUGCGCUCUUCACGUUGUGGGGCGGAUCCUGAACCCGGAAAAUCAGGAAGAGGGUACAUUCAGCAACGACAUGGAAUGUACCCGCAUCUUCAAGGCGUUCAUCGCACGUCACUACGACGGUAAGACGUUCACCAACAAGGACGGUGAGGAGAGGCGGGCCUCUCCUGUUUUGCAGGAGGGGCUCACGGCCUUCCUCACCCUUGAAGGAUCCUUCGGCCUCCCUGAGGCAAUUGCUAACAGGGAGGCCGUGAAGGCAAGCAAGCACUCGAUGGUGCAGUGGUGGGGAUGGCACGGGACUGACCACCCCCACCUGGCCAGCCUUGCAUGCCGUGCCCUGACACAGCCGGUGUCGGCCUCGCCUUGUGAGCGCGGGUGGGCAUCGUGGGAGUCGGUGCACACUGCCCGCCGCAACAAGCUAGGCUCGGAGAAGCUCCGAGACCUAGUUUAUGUGACCCACAACUGGCAUGUGGUCCACAAGUACCACAAGCCGGGUGAGUCACUGGCGGUGCUUCCGGGCAACACCCCUGAACCUGCUCUGCCGGAGGGAUACAACAAGGAGAAGGAAGGGGAGGAGGAGGAGGAGGAGGAGGAGGAGGAGGAGGAGGAGGAGGAGGAGGAGGAGGAGGAGGGGGAGGAGGAGGAUGAUGUCGUGCUGGCCGAUGAGUACGUGGAGUAA